AUGGCAUCCACCGAUGACAACGGCCCAGCCAGCAGCCCGCCCCAAUCCCAACCGCAAUCCCCAGCUCGUCCCAACCAGCCGACAGCUUCGAUAGCAACCACGACAGCGACUGCAGCUGCGUCAGGUACCGCCGCCGAUGAGUCCACGACAGCGACGCCCGAGCUUGACUUGAGCAAACUCAAAGCACAGCCUUCCGAGCAGCAGGACCUAUAUCUCCUUACCUUCGUCUCGGGACUUGCGAAGCAUGUUCUGGAGCUCGACGCCGAUGAUUGCACAGCUCAACAAUUUUAUUUGAAGAAGGAAAUCUUUCAAAUCCUAAACCUCUCCACACCGUCGCCUUCAAGAGUCAUUCGAUCCAAUCUAGGAAGAUGUCUGGCGCAUAUCUUCGGCAAGGGCGACAGGAAGCUGCUGUUUGAGACUGUCAAUGAUCUCGUGGGUAUCAUUUCGGGAGGCAAAUCGAAAUCAGAAGCCGAACUACGAACCAAGCAUGCCGCAGUCACUUGUUUGGGAGAGGUCUUCGCCGCCGCGGGCGACAGUGCAGUUGGCCUGCAUCAGCUCUCGUGCUCGACCCUCUUGAAGUUCCUGAAAGCCGCCUCUAGCCAUGCUGGAAUCCGCGCUGCCAUAUUCACGGCGCUCGAGAGGAUCACGGGCAUGGUUCAGACAGCCCUCGACGAAUACAUUGCGCGUGAUAUCUGGAAGCAAGGGCGAAAUCAUGCAUCCAGCGACAAGGGAGCGCUGGUGGUCGCUUCAGCAUGUCGUUGCCUCAAAGCUCUAGCACGGCACACUGGGUACUUCCGCAACUCAAACGACUUUGACAAGCUCGAGAGCGCACUACUCAAGGCGUUCGACUCCCCCGUUGGGCAAGUCAGGCAUGCAGCUGCGGAUUGCUUCGCAGAGGCCAUGGUCCAGGGCUACUCGGAGCUUGCUACAACGGACGGCAAGGGCAAGAAAACGAAGCCAAAAUUGAAGCGUGCCUCUACGCACCCUGGCAUCCCAGCAGAUGACGAGGAGCUACCAGCUCGCACGAAUAGUCCUGCGCCUGGCGGUAAGCGGAGUUCGGAUCUCGCCUUGUCGCUCACCGAUAUGUUGAAACAGCUCGCGGCUCACUUUGUCAAAUCCUCGUCCUCGAAUAGGACACGCGCAGCGUUGGGCGUCUGUUAUUGUCAGUUGUUUCGUAGGCUGGGCGAGAAGUUGAUUGAAGCCAAUUACCUCAGGAUUGUCGAAAGUCUUACAACGGACAUACUCGGGCAACCGGCCAUCUAUAACCACAGAUACCGCCUGCUCAUCUCGCGCAAGAUGAUUGACACAAUCAUUCAGGAUGUCAUUGGACGGCGGAUCUUGGGAGAAUCGGGCCAGAUUUCGGCAGCGAAGCAACUCAUCAACGAUGUUCUCAAGAACUACCCGCAGGCUAUGGCCGAAAAGCCGGAGCCUUCGAAGCACACCCUUAUCACGGUUCUCAGUGCCGUGUCAUCUCUGAUGACUUCACUCGGGCCCGCGUCAAAUAGCUUCGCGGAGACUUGCCGAGACGGCUUGCUUCAGGUCCUACAACAUCCCAGCUAUUCAGUCCAAGUCUAUGCUUCACACUGCAUGAAGGUUUACGUGGUGGCAUGUCCGCAGCAGCUCCUCCCUUGCCUGUCUCUGCAGGAUCUCGAUCUGAUGGUACAACGGCGCGUCCUGCAAUGCUACAUCAAGCUGAUCAACUUGAGCCCAGCCGGCAGCAGCGAGGCUCUUCUCCAGUCAAAUCUAUUGACACUUGCGAUUGCUCUCUUUGCUGAUCCAGAAAAUUACGCCCCCAGUUCGCUGAGCGCAUCGAUUGCCAACGCGGCGGGCAAUUUCGAGUCGAUUUGGGAUGUAGGCGACAACACUGGGUUCGGCAUCACGGGUUUGGUAUCUGGCUUCAACGUACGCAAGCUGCCUGGGCAGCAGCAAAGCUCAGUUGAAGCAGUCACAGAUAACGAAACCCCGGAAAGUGCCAUCGAUGCCCUGUUGCGAUCUCCCGUCUGCGGAAGCUUGGAACACGAUGCGUCCGUCCUCUACAUUGGCGACUACGGCGCUGGUCUUACACCGCAUCCGCCAGCCACCGAAGUAAUCGAUGCAGCCAUCCAACUGUUCGCCUUUGCAUUCCCCUUGACGCCGGCAAAAGUCCAGGAAAGCAUAUUGGAGCAGAUACGCACAUUUGCAUCGGCAGGACCCCUCCAGCGCGAUCCUGGUCGCAAAGCCGCUAUCAACGUCAACACAGCCACGGCCAUUUUGUCAACAAUGCGCGUAGCAAUGAAAGAGACGACGUCAACAUCAGGCAGUGUCGAAAACAUGGCAGUUGAGCGGUUGUUGCAGGAUAUCGUGCGCGACUUUGUGCUCGAUCCUGAUCAGUACGUGCGUAGCUUGGGGUAUGCUGCCGUUGCACGCCUUUGCAAUGUCUACGGCAAUGCAUUCACCAACCAGGAGGUCAAGUUCCUGGUCGACACCAUAGUAAGCAACAGAGAGCCAAGCGCACGAGCCGGUUGCGCCAUGGCUCUUGGUUCCAUCCAGACGAAGGUCGGAGGCAUGGCUGCGGGUUACCACUUGAAGACAAUUCUCGGCAUCCUCAUGUCUCUCUGCAACGAUCCUCACUCGACUGUCCACUACUGGGCCUUGGAGGCGCUGUCGUUAGCGUCUGAUGCUGCUGGUCUCAGCUUCGCAGGCUACGUCCCGAGCAGUCUGGGCAUGCUUGCGCAGCUCUACGUAUCGGAAACUCACCAUUGCGAGGUUUCCACUGUGGUCACCAUGAACAUGGAAAUGGAGCUUCCCACGACAGCGGCGAUUGCGAAGGGAGUCGAUUCGCUUAUCAACGUCUUGGGUCCUGAUUUGCAGGAUUCUCUGAAGUCACGCGAGCUCAUCUUCGUGCUUGUGGGCCAAUUCCAACGUGAAUCAGAUCUGCUAGUGCAAAAGGCUGCUCUGGGUUGUCUGGAGCACCUUUCAUUAUACGCGCCAGGAUAUAUGCAGUUUGGGGAAUACGUCCGACUCCUACAGAAGUACCUUCACUACGAAAAUGUCACUUUGCGUGACAUUGCGGUAGAUGGAUUGUACAACAUCAUGAAGAGAGAACCACGCGACGUGCUCAGGGAAGCGAAUGAUGGUUUUGAGGAGCAAAUAUGGAGAGUACUUGAUACCGAACCUUCGCAUGACGGCAUCAGAAAUCUGAUCCGCAACUGGAUGCUUCAAACCUGUCUUGCCGAGACGGAGGAUUGGUUGCAGCGAUUUCAAUCGGUCCUCAAAAUGACAAGGGCAAAGUCACAAGGCCGUGAAGAAGCAGUAGGCUCGGGGAAAGGUGGCAUGCCUGAUUUAGACGAUGAAGAAGUCGCAGGUUUUGCUGCGGCAUCGGGAGAUGUCAAGCAAGACAAGGACAACCCGGCGACGUCUGAAGUCGAACCGCUCCGAUGGCAGGUCACGACGUUCGCCGUCAGUUGUAUCCACGCCAUGUUCGUGCUUGUUGCUAAGGAUGUAAUGGCUAAUGGAGAAAGCCAAGCUCAGGCCGCACUGCAAGCCAGAGUGGCAGAUGUCGUUCGCAUGGCUUUCUCGGCGUCCACUUCCAGCGUAUCAGAGCUGCGCGUCUGGGGCUUGAAGAUCAUCGGCGCUGUUCUGAGAAUGUUUGGAAAGGCCCCUGAUCCAGACUUUGAGGAGGCCAUGCUUCUCGAGCAGUACCAGGCGCAAAUCAGCUCUGCCUUGACGCCGGCUUUUGCAGCCGACUCAUCGCCGGAGCUGGCCUCAGAGGCCGUCAACAUUUGCGCUAGCUUCAUCUCCACUGGCAUUGUCACCGAUAUUGACCGCAUGGGACGUAUUCUGAAGACACUUGUGAACGCCCUAGAGAGCUUUGCCAAGGAUGGAGAGAACGCUUGUAUUGGUGACCUCAAGGGCCUGAGCUCGAACGCGCAGGUCAUGGUCAAGCUAUCUGUGUUCUCCGCCUGGGCUGAACUACAGGUGGCAAGCACCGAACAGAAGUAUCUGUUGGACGUUCUGAAGCCUCACGUCGGUACUUUGACACCACUAUGGUUGGAGGCUCUACGGGAGUUCGCUCAGCUGCGCUUCGAGCCAGACAUCUCCAUGACUCUGGGACCCCCUUCGCUUUCCGGCAGCUUAGAUACCAUCUACGCGGCCCUGAACCGCGAGACUCUACUCCGAUUCUACCAAGACGCUUGGCUGAAGCUUGUAGAUGCGAUCGCCAGUCUGAUCGAGCAAGACAGUAACUUUGUCUUCGAUGCUCUCGACGGCAAAGGGACUAUCGAAUCCGCUGGCAACGAUCAAGGGAAGAGGCCUGGCAUCAAUUACCGCGAUGAGCCAGUUGCCUUCUUCUUUGUACUGUUUGGCCUCGCAUUCGAGGCUCUAGCUGUACGCCCCAGCCACGGCUAUUCGCUCGCCACGCAAGAGCAAACACUGGCCAUUCUGCAAGCCCUCAAGAAGAUCCUACACCCCAGUGUUUCUGGCCACGCGAUUUACAGGCCGGAUGUCUUCGCCGAGACCAUGGACUUACUCGACCGGCUGGUCCUGACCGAGGGCCUAGAUGUGCAAGGCGCCAUUGUUGAGAUAUCCAGUGCGCUAUGCGUCGCGCACCCCUCGGCGCGACGCCACGGUAGCGAAGAAGGCGACCUCUCGGAAGAUAUCGAUCAGCUUUUUGAGCUUACGAGGAUCAUUGUGCUAACACUGACUGGGCUGCUCCCCAAUCUAUCCGAGGGCAAUCAGCCCGUACGGCACCAGAUGAACGAGGAGGCCAUUCUACUUGUGCGCUCAUCACUGGAUGCACUGGUCAACGCCGCCGAGGUCUUCCCAUCCAUCAUUAAAACGGACCUGCACGCCUGUAUCAUACACAUCUUCGCGACGACACUGGCGACAUCGGGCUGCCAAGAGAUGAUUGUCCCGCAGUCCUUGCCCACGCUCAAGCGAUUCGUUCGCAGCAUGUCAGCCUCCAGGAAGCCGUCAGACGAAGGGCCUUCGCAGACGGAUGUGCAGUUGCAGGGCUGUCUGCGCCGGUUCCUGUCGAUAUACCUAAAUGCGCAGAAACGAGAAGCGCACAAUUCGCUUCUCUGCGUGCGCAAUUGCCUACUAGCCUCGACGAUUCUGUUCACGAGCGGCGAGAAUCACAUGCCUGCCACUGAUCCUCUCGUUGCCCGCUAUCUAGAUGAGGUCCUUGAUUGCCUCACCGAUCGCAUGACAGCGAAAAUCGCGGCAAACUGCAUCAGGUCUUUGCUUGUACAGCCGACCCGCACGGCGGCCGACGAGAGCAUCGCUCGGUACCUUUUCCCUCGACUGAUCGCGUUCGUCACAGACGCCGAGUCGGAAGACCCCGAGCGCGCUCGAUCGCUCGUAUCCACGUCCCUGUGCCAGUUUGUCACCACCGUCGACAAGAGCCGGGUAUCACCAGCGAUGGCGCUGCUGAUACCCACGCUCCUGGCCCGCACCACGAUUGAAGGCGAGGGGCUUUACAGCGAGACUAGCUCGCGCCUGCUCGAGCUGGCUGCCACUGAUCAGGAGGUGUUCAGGGCCGUCGUCGGGGGCAUGAGUGCAGGGCAACGGUCGUUCCUGGAAGAGGUCAUCCGAUCGGGGCAACUGGCAUCGCGUACCACCGUGAGAGAGGCUAGCGAUGGUGACUCGGGACAGCCCUCAAUCGCCUUGAAGAUGGACUUUGGGAACUGA